UCAUUGGCCCAAACUCAUGCCAAACUGCGGUUCAAAUAGAACAUGGCGGAACUCAGGAUUAACAUACUUUGAAAACAUGGACACUGGUCAGCAAGCCCAGCCUCCGGACUAGAUAUUGACCGUUAUCCCGUGACCAGUAAAUCUGAGGGCCAGCCAUGCCUGUUGUUACAUUCUUGGACUAUAUCCUUGGACCUCUGAUUGUCAACCCUGGAUACCGGAAGGCGUUUGAUGACAACUACGUCGAUCGGAUAUCGCGUUACUACACCAUAAUAUUCCUGCUGUUUUUCCAGAUUUAUGUAGUGACAGAGGAAUAUGUGGGAGAACCUAUAUAUUGUUGGUGUCCGCCAGAGUUUACAGAAAAUGAGGUAUAUUAUACAGAAAACGUCUGCUGGGUAUCAAAUACAUAUUACAUUCCAUUUUCUAAAACGAUUCCCCCUAACUACCAGGCACGGAAGGACGAGUCAAUUGAUAUCACAUAUUACCAAUGGGUGCCAUUAGCAUUAUUUCUCAUGGCGUUGCUCUGCUAUAUCCCGCGUUUCAUAUGGAGAUACGCGACUGCGAUGGCUGGUCUAGAUUUGAAAAAGUUCUGCGUCCUCGCCAAACAUUUCCGACAUUCUUCACCGGAAGAGAGAGAAAUGCGCCUGCGCAAUAUGGCUACCUACAUGGAUGUAUGGUGUACGGGGAUUAAUCGUUAUAGAGCAGGACUGUACGCACCUAUACGGGAAAAACUGAGCACAUACUGUUCCCUGGGGUGUGGUAGACACUUCGGAACCUUCUACAUCAGCCUUAUGACUUUCAUAAGGUUUCUUUAUUUUGUCAAUGCGUUUGGGCAACUGUUCUUCCUGAACGAAUUCCUGGGAAAUAAGUUUUAUGUUUACGGAUAUGAAGUGAUACAAGCGUUCCUCCAGGGAAAAGACUGGACAAUGUCUCCUAGAUUUCCACGCGUGACUCUCUGUGAUGUGGAAUUCCGCCAGCUCAGUAAUGUACAACGUUAUACGUUACAGUGCGUGCUGCCCAUCAACUUAUACAACGAGAAGAUUUUUUUGACUUUGUGGUUUUGGUUUCUUGGCCUCUCUAUACUAGCGCUUAUCAAUCUGUGCUGUACCAUCGCUAUAUUUCUCAUCCCGUUUUUCAACGAAAGUUUCAUCAAAAAAUAUUUACAAAUGAUGGGAGUUUAUGGUUCCUCAGUGUGUUCUAAAAAGUUGACUUAUAAAUUCAUCCAUCGUUACUUACGACAAGAUGGCGUGUAUGUCCUCAAAGAAUUGUCUGCGAACGCCAACACUGCGAUCUUGCAAGAAUUAUUUGGGUAUAUUUGGGAAUGUUUCAUUGAAAGAGAAAAACGGAACGAAUUCGUCCCAGUAUACAGGUAUAUGCCAGCGAAUUCGUCUUAUCGUGAUAUGUCGUUGCUGUCAUUCCCGAACGCGCCUCUCAGUACUCGACAAGGAACUCCGUUGAUUGUUAGUAACGGCACGCUACGCCAUAUUAGCGAGGAAGACCUUGACAUUGAAGAACACGGAACGGAAACGUUUGUGUGACGUCAUCAUAAUAAUUGCGUAAUAUUCUGAUACACCUGGUAUGGUAUCAUCAUGUACAAUAUACAAAAACAAAGAUUCAACAUCAAUAUCAUUGUAAAACAUACAUGUAGCUGGUCUGUUUCGUCAAGUACUUUAAAAUACGUCAAUGUCAAAUGACACGUAAAAUAUCACUAAUGACGUCAUUAAAAGAUGACGGCACAGGAUUGUCUUGGUAGUGAAUAUUGCGCUCGUGUACAUGUUAAAUUGAAUGUUAAUGUUAAUUUGAAUGUUUUGUGUUGUAAAACAUGUAAUUGCUUCUACACAUUGUAUAUUUAGAUCUGUGUUAAUUUCUCUUGAUUACGCUACAAUAGAAACAUGUUGAUAUAUACAUGUAGUUGAAUAUGUGGCAUACCUACUUGUGCUAUUAAAUAAAUGU